AUGGUUUUGAUCAAGAGCAACGUCUUGUUCACUUCUUUGCUAAUUCUUGCGGCUCUUUUUGGAGUUGCCCUUGGAGGAACCGUCCACAAAGUUGGCGACUCGAACGGAUGGACCAUGAUUGGCGUCGAUUACGAAGCUUGGGCUUCUUCAAGAACUUUUCAAGUCGGAGACUCUUUGGUAUUCAAAUACAACAACAAACUCCACGACGUUACUCAAGUCACUCUCAAUGAUUUCGAGCUGUGUGAACCGUCUAAACCGCUAGAGAGAUACCAAACCGGGUCUGACUCGGUCACUCUAACCAAACCGGGAUUCCAAAACUUUAUAUGCGGAGUUCCUGGUCACUGCGAUUUAGGACAAAAGCUUCGAAUCCUCGUUUUACCAGCCUCGUUGGGUCCCGUCGCAGCUCCAGUUCCCGGACCGGUCCGAUCACCAAGCACCUCCUCCUCGUCUCCUUCACGGUAUCAGAUGAGUCCAUCACCAGCUCCACAUAGCGCAGCUUCAAACUGUAGUACUGUUUGGAUCGGAGUCAGCGUCACCGCUAUACUUUCUCUUUUGAUCUUAGUUUGA